AUGUCUACUUUUGCAGCUCUGAACAUAGAGGCCGAUGACUCCCCAGAGGAAGAGAUCGAUGACACUCGCGAGAUUCAGAUAGAAGAGGCGCUCAAGCUAUACCAGACUGCUCUCAAACUCCACUCGCUGGGGCCAAAGCACUACAAAGAAGCCGCAGAAGCUUAUGACGCACUCUUCAAGUCAGAGAUAUUCAAGCUCCCGCAAUACACAGAUCUCGGAGCGGAUAUAUCAGACGAUGGUUUUAUAGAAGAAGUUGAUGAGCCGUCGGCCGUCUCGGUUGCUGCCGUGGAUGAGACCGAGACCGCCGCUAGCGCGCUGCCGCAAACGCUUUACCUGUCAUACAAGAAUUACGGCCAAUUCUUGCUUGACACCGUUCGAUACGCAUGGGAGCAAGGCGGAGACAUAGCUGAUACAGCUCCUUCUACCGAAUCAGCCAUUAGACACUUUGCGGACGCUCUGGAGCGCGAUGACACUGAUCUUGAGCUGUGGCGAAAGUGUGCUAGGGUUGGAGAUGCUCUCAGAAGUCACCGUAUCUCGAGAUUCUGUCUAGAGAGUGUCUUUGAAGGGAACGGAGAUGGUAUCGACGAUGGAUUUGAACAGCUAGGCAUUGAGCAAGCCGGUGCUGUGGGCGAUUUACGGAAGUUUUUCACUGCUCUACAUGACCCCCUAUCACUCGCACAGCUGCCGCAGAAACAACCAAGGAAAGCUCUGCUCAAUUUUUUGCAGCGGCAGAUAGAUCCAUUUCCGUACCUCCCUUCUGCCUUGAAGCAGCUGAACGGGGGCUCCAUAUCUUGUGGACUCGCUCUUCCUAAAAUUAAACGCCUUACUGUCACCCCCUCCGCCAACUCCUGGGCUGCUCUAGGUGAAAAGCUCCUUGAGCUUCUAAGCAAGGAUGACUCUGAUCAGGGCACAGUCGAAGUACAGGGGAACCUGCAAAUUUGUCUUGCAGACUCAGAUGUCACGAUGACAUCUCCUGCGGCAACUCUCCCGAUCAUCCAAGGCCGAAGGCCGUCCAAGCAUAAAAGCUCUGCUUCCCCCGAUAUGGGCGAAGCAGAGUCAAAAUCUAAAGCGAGCACUGAGGAAGCUACUGCUAAGGAUACCGAAAUGAAGGACCCUGCCCAAGCCGACGAAAAACCAGAAUCCAAAGGCGAUGAGGAAGUGAAUAGAAAUACUGGCGAAGAUGCUCGGGAUGAUACAGCCAAAGAAAAUGAAGAUGAAAAUGCUGUCGACAAAGACAAAGAGGAAGGUGAAAAAUCGACUGAGCCCACAGAUGAUAUAGAAGCAAGGCCUGGUCCUCAGACAAGGAAGCGCUCUUCAGCUUCAAUAGUCAAUGAAGAACCAACAGACGGAGUAAGAACGAAGAGCAAGCGUAUCAGGGCACGAGAGUCGAUUGCCGACACACAGGCCCAGCCAGAGGAAGUGAUUUUUGACCAGACAAGAUAUUUCGAAGAUAGGCUCGAGAUCUAUACACACGCCGAUGAGUGGAUGUUUAGCACAGCCAACGAUCUUCUGUCAAAAUUCGGCGUCGAGGAGCUUGGAAGUAUAGAUCAAAUAAAGCAGAUGCUCGCUUCUAUUGAAUCCGAUCCAGACACCACAGAAAUUACUCCUGAAACCUUGGCUGUACGUGACUUGAGGUACAUAGUUGAAAACUGGAGUGAUGCCUUUGGAAAAAUAGCAUUGCACAGUGAUAUAUUUGCAGAUACCCAGGAUGGCUUAAAGGGUGUGAGGAAAUCCGGUCUCAGUGUCUUCCUUGAACACUCCAAACAAGUUGGCGCAAAGGCAGAACAAGCGAUAGAUUUGGUUGACAAUGAAGGCUUGGAGCAGUUUGCAGAAAACGUCAAUAGCAGCAAUCUAACCGUGCAGGAGGUUGCUUUCAAGUGGCUUGAGAAGUAUCUCAAACCCGACCUACAAUCUCUGGGACACGACAUAUCCACUGUCACUGACUCUAGCUAUGCGACGCAACGGAUGCCGCAAAGCACUCAGGACACCCUUACCCAGAUAUUGGUACGGUUAGAUGGAUUUGUCUAUGUCAGGAUGAGAGAAUUCGCCUUGAGCCUGGAGAAACGGAUCCUUUCGCAUGCGCACGAAACAUCAUACUCCUUCACACCGGAUGACCUUACCGCCGUGGAAAUCUCGCAAAGCAUUUACGAACUGCACCUGGAUAUAUAUGACUCGAUUAUCUGCCAGAAGGAAAAGGACCAGGAAGCGGCCGUUCUACAACCGGAUAGACUCAACCGAUGGAGGGCCCUUACGCGCGGUUACAUCAGCUACUACCUCGACCUGUGUGCCGUGGACAAUCGACAGACUGCCAUUGUCCUAAGACAUUUAUGGGCCACCACUUUCCACGAAAAUAUGCUAGAUGACCAGGAUAGGGUUUAUGUUUUGGCAUGCCUUGGUGAUAUUCGACGAGCUCUAGUAUCGUUGGGAGACCCGGUGAUCACCCUGGCAAAUAAUACCACCAUGCCAGAGAUAUCCACAACUGCAAUUGACCAAGAGGUUUCUCGCCUUAAGGCUAUGAGCUUCUUCACGGACAUAUUUGGCUCCGGAAAAGACGACCCUGUGCAUCUAAUUGAAACUAUAGAGCCGGUCUUGAACCCGUCUGCAGUUCGGUAUACCGACGAAAAUGGUAACGUAUCUGAAAACAUCGAGCCUUCAACAACCGUCCAGAAUUUGAUAGAGUUUCUUAACCAAGGUGAUGCGACUCUCAAGUUAUUUCUCUGGCGCCGUCUUCGCGAAGCAUAUGAUUCCAUCGACUAUCCAACGAAGGUCGUCUCUUGCCACUUCAAGGCCUUGGAAACCGUUGUUCAGGAGCUGAGUCGCCCAGUUCGCAUGGAUCUUCCUGUAAAAGAGAGGCGAUUCAGCCUGCUGAAGUGGCUAAAACUAGCUGAUGAUAUACUUACCAGUGUCAUGAGGAGGGUAGUCAACAACUCGGAAGUUUCUUUCGAGUGUUUUGACUGGGCCCAUCUGCAAAUGUCCAUGUCUUCCCUUGCCCGCCUUUCUAGGAUACUUCAAUCUUUCGCUUUUUACGAAGAUGGGGUUCGUGUUGGCCAAAUAGCACCGGCUGACGUCCGCCCUGCUUCGACUGCAAAGUCCCUGGAACAGUUCAAAGAGAAGUUACGCGGCUUAUUUGUGAAGAUAUGGAUGGUGCAGUAUGCACUUUUAAGAGAAGGUAUUGGUCAGAACAAAGACUUGUUUGAUACCCCCUUGGAUGACCGCAUACACUUCUUACGGUCUGUUCACAACGCGCUCGGGCUUCGGUCUUAUUGCAAAUAUCCGAAGAAUCUAUUCGUUAAACUCAUGAGGGAUGAACUCUUGACAUUAGAAACUGAUGACGUCUACGAGGAUGACCUUGCACAGGUGCUGUACGACUUAUACAAGUUCAAAUUCUCGCCUCAUCUGGACGUUUCGUUUGAACAUGGCUGUCCAUAUGAGCCUCUCGAUCAAGAAAUAGCCCUGAAGUUGGUUGACUUUACUAUUUCUCAGACGAAGCGGAUGGAUAUCAAAGAUUAUCUGAAAUCGGAUCUAAAAACGACUGUCGACGCGUUACAAAGGCAAAUAGGGCUGAUGGGCAAGUCAGAGGUUUCAACUCCUCUCAACAAGAGGAUCCUGUCUAGAUUCUUGAAAACUCCAAUAAACCCCCUGGAUCUUUUCCGUUGUGUACAAGGGAUCACUGGACUAUCUAUGAUCCCCGUUUAUUCGAGGAGCGCCGAACUUGCUGAUAAAGGCUGGUUCACCUUCCUGGGUUCUGCGGCGCUCGCCAAGUUCCGAUCUCUGAAGAAAAUAGGUCCCACUCCAACAGAUGACCUAGAUCUCGCGGCUACUCUGUUCCGCCAUGAUUUGGAACAUGGAAAGGAUCGCUGGGAAACAUGGUAUCAACUUGCUCAAGUAUAUGAUCUACGACUUGAAGAGGACGUUGCUUGGUCUGCAGAAAAGCUCAACAAUGACAGGGAGGAUCUUGCAACUGUAGAGCGCAGAGCUAUUCACGCGUAUUCUAUGGCUGUUGCAACUGCUGUACAAACGGGUGACUUGAAGCCUAACGAAAAGAAACAGGUGUCCGAUUUGUAUGCGGAAUUUGGCCUCCGGAUCUAUGCAUCUACAAGAGAGCCGUUAUCAAUGGGCGCAUUUGAUGUAUCUCCAUUCAUGAGACACUUCAGCAGUGAUGCGGAUCAGAGGAUGUACGAGGGAAAGCCGUUUAGUGCUAUGAAACCGUUUUCUGCAUGGUACUUUGCGAGCUUUCUCUUCCACAAAGCGACUAAGGAAGAUCCGAUGAACUGGAGGAACCAUUUUAUGUUCAGCAAGUGUUUGUGGAAAAUGUAUUGCAGUAAUGAUCCACUGAAGGAACGAUACAAAACCAUCGAACCGUCGGAUAUCUUAGACUCUUUGACAGACGCUAUUGAUGCUCUCCCGAAAAAGAAAGAUGGCCGAGCAUCAGAGCCGAUUCUAGAACCCCAUUUCAAGCUUGUUUCAAUCACGCAUAAACUUGUGCGACGAGGUGACCUCGAUGUAAGUGGGACAUAAUUCCUAGUACUAAUCAAUUACAUGGACUAAUAAUGCAACAGCCGAAGGAAGCUAGCGAAAAACUACUUGCUACCCCGUGGGCUAAAGGGUUAUCACCAGCUACAGACUUGGAAUCCUGGAAACCAUUCAUUCUGGGAGUCCUUAAACAGCUUCAAAAUGCUGAUAAGUCCAAUUGGCAUCAUCGUAUUGUUUUAAGGGUUUGUUUUCAUAUCAGUUUGGUCAUGUUAGGUCACGCUGCUCAUCUUGCUGUAUAGGCUGCCCAUAUAAUUUACGAUGACUCCAAAGAUAAGGAGGCCGCAAUUGCGGCGAAAAACGACCUUACCCAACAUAUCUUCACGAAGACCAUGACCGUACAAGUCUGGCGGCCAGAAAACGAGAGAGCCGGAAGACAUUUCGUCUAUACUACCCGAUAUGUUUACUUUUUCGUACAGCUUCUGGAUCAGCUUGAUGAUCGUGCAAACCUGGAUAUGUUAGUCCGUCGCGUGAGACGAAAAGUCAAUGAUUAUCUGAACUUUCCCAAGCUAUGGGAGGAUACGUGCAUUACGUAUAUAAAGGUAAACAGAUAAGCCUAGUGUAUUUGUGAUCAGAUUGGUUGACAAGUAUGUAGCUGCUUCGACGUACAGGUAACGUACCAGAGGGGAAGGAAGACGCCGUCUUCAAGGGCGUUAGUCUCGAUGACUUCACUCUCUACUCUGGCCGUUUGGAUGCCUGGUGUCAAAAUCCAGCUAAGGAAGAGAUAUCAACAAUUGAACUGUUGCGAGAUGCCGUGGAGCUGAAAAAGUUGAACGGAACCGUUAUCAAGUCGGGAAUGUUUGACGAUCUCGUUGCUGAUAUAUAUGCCCAGCUAUAUGAGAAAACGCUGCCACAGUUUGUCGAGCAAGUUGCUGGAGAGGAAAAUCGGGAGCGAAUGAAGGUGGAUCAUUUGCUUAUGGCGGGUGAUUCUGGUGAUGGGGCGGAAACACCUCCAGCCACGACUUCAGCUCAAGCACCAGCACCUAGACCUCGGGCAAAAGGGGUGACUAGGAAAGAAGUGCAGAAAAAGGCUGAUGCUAUUGCUGCCAAAGCCCCACGCCCUGCACCUAAACCUGCAAAGGCUGCUGAGGAUGAGGGCAAGCAAGCCCAGGCGGAGCGCCAGACUGCGGAGGAGCAAGUCGACGACGGUCCUGCUACUGAAGCUGCUCUCGAUGAAAACAAGGAGAAGAAAGAUAAAGAAGACACCAACGCAGAUGAUAAGGAUGAGAAGGACGAAGUAGAAAAAGAGGAUGAAAACAAUGAGGAAGAAAAGGAGGAAGAAAAUAACGAAGAAGAGGAGGAGAAAGAAGGGGAAGAUAAUGAAGAAGAAGACGAAAAAGAAGGUGAUGAUAACGAGGACGAGAAGGAAGAGAACCCUGAGGAAGAUGAUAAAGAGGGAGAAAAUAUUGAGGAUAAGAGCGCGUCUGGUCCUGAUCCCAGUAUACAUGAUACCACGGAAGAAGAGAGUGGGCUCAGCGAACUUGAGACUGAAGCAGGCUCAGGGGACACUUUGAAGCCGUCCAGCCCUAUAUUCCAGCACCUCCUCAGGGCUCGCAUGCUCUCCCCAAAAGCAGGGUCGGAGUUAUCAACUGUCACCAGUGGUGAAGGCGGGGAUAAUGAUUCGAUCCCCGCUCCAUCUAUACAGGAUACCAAGAUGGAGAUAGAAGGCGAGGCUGAGGCUGGGGAUGAUGGAUCUGACACAGAGGAGUUACCAGAAGAUUGAUGGUAGCCUGUUUUCACAAACUGUAUUAUAUACCUCCUGAUGACUUUCUGCUUUUUGUCACUUGGAUCAACAAGGCGUUCUUCAUAUACGAUCAUUCAUACACUAAGCUCAUUUGUAGCUUAUAUUUUAUAGCAUUACCAUUGUCAAAUAAACAUAAGUAUAUUUGAUAUCAAUUACUAGCGGUUCUGCAGCUAAUAUUAUCCACAGAAGCCCUAAACAACUGCAUAGAAGUGUCCCCCAUUUAUCAAUAUUUCCAAGAACCCAUAUUAAAAUCUCUUAAAACUGUUAAGGGGAUAUACAUGAAACAAAGCGAGAAUCGUGAAUCAUAAAGUGCCCACCCAAGGAAACCCCAGGUUUAGUCAUAUGCACCUUCAGGAGCUAGAUCCCACUGCCUAGUAGUUAGCCUUUUUGGUUUCCCAGACUGUGUAAGUGGGCUGGACUUGGACUUCUUCAUGUCGAGCUGGGUAUUCUCAAUGUCACUUUCAUUAGCGGGUAUGAAGCUGUAAUCCGUGGAAUCAAAUCGACCGGGUAUGGUGUUUUUUUUGGAUCUAGUUUUUUUUGUUGGAGAUCUAGAAUGGAGUUCUCUUUCCAGUUGCUCUAUUUUGCGCCGUAAUGCAUCAUUUUCAGAUUCUAAGUCGUUUAUUUUUUCGGCUGAAUCAGGAGCAGGAUCUUCGUGUACUUGAGAGUGUCAGCUCUGAUUUCGGUACGAAUAUAACUGAAUUUGGCAUGCACUCACUCUUGAUGCCUCGCGAAAGGACGUCAAUCUUCAUAUCUAGAUGAUUCUCAUUUCGAGAAGUCUAGAGCGAACAUUAGUGUCGGUUGGUAUAGAGCAGGGGACUGGAUAAUUACCUCUUCAUCCAAGGCAGCUUGCCAACGUCGUUUCUCUUCGUCCAUACGUUCUUCCAUUUCAGCCCAACAUUCUUCUCGAACGUCUUGCUCAAUGAGUAGACACCGCUCGUCAGCAGCCUUGAGCUUGAACUCUGCUUCAAUCCUCAGGGCUUGUUCCUCAGAGAAUCUGACAGCAAGUGCUUCAUAUUCAUCACUUAUCUGCGCAAUUUCCAAGGCCGCGAGUUCUAGCUGGUCUGCAUAAGCGGCUUGUGCCUUACUGGAGGUGCCAGGGCCGGGCUUUGGCGUAGCUGAGCUAGGAGGAGCAGAUAGUAUCGUGCUGGUUAUAGAUGGAAUUCUUGGAACAGUAACCUCUCUAGCGAGAGCAGAGUAUCGUAACAUCUGAGAAGUUGCGUUGAAGUCACCUAAGGGGUCGGCCAUUACCAGCAUGACGGCCCUUUGGGAAUUCCUUGGAUGUGAAUUUGACGAUGCAUUGUUUGGUGAUGGGAAAGAAUUUGAAAACAGGAGUUCUGUGAGUUUACACUGCCUGAAUGGUACGAGGGCCUAUUAAUUUCAAAAUUAGAUGAACCCCAUGCAAGUAUAUACAAUCGAAACGUACCUUAUUGCCAUCCUGGAGAUCUGAUUGCAUCUGUAGACAUUGCCCAAGAUACAUCAGACUUUCGUUAAUUUUACCAGCUUCCGCAAGCGUGGCUCCAGCAGUUUUUGCGUUUCUUGCUCGCUCAGAACCUUAUGUCGGCAGUUAGUAUAUCUACAUACUCGCUCAUAUAAAGUAAUAACUUACCUGCAAGAUCAACAAUGGUAAAUGUAUGUCCGGCCCACGAUUCGUGGCCAUAUCUCCUAUCCACAACUUUCUUUUUGACUUCAACACAGAAGAACCCGUGGCUUCUAGAGCUGACACUGUUGCUUCCUGUACCUGUAACUCUUCGCUCAGUCAGUCCUGUCUCAAGGACCAUCAAAGCUUCCUCAUAUGUUGAGCAAACAACUUUCCGCAACCCGGCAACAACUUUACGGUCUGUUGAGCCUUCGGUUGAUUUGAAAAGCAAGGGUCGUCGACGAUCUUUCUGGUUAUUUGCAGCUCGCGUUCCGUUAACUUGGCUGGCUGGAGAUAGGAGGUCAAAGAUUCUGUCGUUGUACACUUCGUACAUCGACACAAGGACAACAUGCUCAUCGGUUUCAGGGACGGAGAUUUCAAUGCCACUUGUGUCAGGGUCUUGUGGUAAGAUGCUAACUCGAGGGAGGUGGGGGCGGCGCGAGCUUGUUCCUAUGAAUGAAUCCUUGAGAUGUGAUUUAGUAAAAUUCUUUGCUGUGUUGCUGUGAUUUCUGUUCCAAAAAGGCAAUUGAGAGGGAAGCUUUGGUGAUAUGCAUGAGCUCCAAGAUGUGUCUUGAUUAUGAUCAAACAUAUAUGUUGGAAGCUGAGGGAUAAAGGGGUAUAUAUGUGUAUUUUGGUGUAUUUGUUCAAGUGCUGGAUGGGAUAAAGCCGAUGUAUGUAUAUUCUUCCCCAAUAGUGCUGAGAUGCUGAGUUGGGAUGAAUGUCCUACCAUGGGCGUCUGAGAUCUGGACAUUGGUGUCUGCGCUCUUGAAAUCCGUCCUCGAUCUCCGUCUCCAUAGAUCAUCUCAAGAAAGUGGUCUGCAGCAUAAAUCUGGGCUUCUGACGGAUCUGACGCUGCGACGGAAUCGAGGAGAGGAUUCUCUGCUUCAUCGUCCGGAACUUGUAUGGUUUUUUCGAGAGACCUAAAGAUAAUAUCAAGAGACAUCUGUGUUAUACCUCGUUGCGUCUUGGAUCCUAGGAUCGUGUGGCUCUAUAUAGGCAUGCCAUCAAUAUCAUAAUCACUAGUUCAGGAACCUGUUGCAGCCUACCUUCCCACUUCCUGUGACUCCCAGCGUCGCCACCAGGCUAUCCCUGUUCUCCAAAAGCACGGCAUUGAUCAAUGAUGGCAUGCCAGACUCCUGAAAGACAUCGAGCUGUGUAGCUUCUUCCUCGAACACUUUGGUGAAUGCGAAUUUCUCCACGGCCCGUUUUCUCGCAUCGUUCGGCGGCUGAACUGUGAUGUGAGUUGGAAACGGCUCAUCGCCCUCAGGAGGCUCAAUGGACAAAAAGGGCUCUUGUUUGGCAUCAUGUUUGUUCUGGAUCGGCGGGCGUAGUCGCAGAUAGACCUGGAACAGCGACGUUUGUCCGCUCGAAGACUUCGGCCGCUCCAUCGCUGCGUAUAUGUAAUUUCCAGGCGACCUAGGUGUAUGCUGUCCGUUCCUUUUUCCUCUUCCUUUUGCUUUUCUGAGGCGACCCAAUCUCGACCGUUAAAAGUUCCUUUGGUGGUUGUGAGUUAUCAAAAAGUUGGCGCUGCCAGAGCG